AUGCCGGUUACUUUGACGACAUCCAAGACCAGACCAGAGGUAUGGCGUACAGCCAAGGCACUCACGGCGGAAGACCUCUUGCAGGAGUCCUGUCCAGAAAACGCCCGUCAUUGCAAGCAGCUGCUCCAGAGCUCUUUCACCUCACAACACCUCGCGGAGAAUCACAUCAGCCCCUCUUCGAAUGGCCUGGUCCAUGCUGUGUUUCAGGCAUAUAGCUACCAUCACCAUCUGACUUUGCGACCGGAGGAUGUAUGGUUCGCCAUCCUCUCCCAACUGAGCUUCUACAUCAACGAGCAUGCCGAAGAGUUGCGGUCGCAUUUCGUGGCCCAUAAGGGAAAGGAAGAAGUCUCCGUCACCACAGUGGGGACGAUUAGCUCGGUCGACUUUGGAGCACUGGUCGUCCAAAUGACCGAGGCCAUCCAGAAAAAGGUCGUGGAUCCCGACCUCCGGACAUGGCUCAUGCCGGCAUUCAGCACCACCACCGCCAGUGACCAGGUCAUAGCGGCGGUGCUGAUGAUGGGUGCCAUGCAGCAAUACUUCUCCUACACGGCCUAUCUGAUGUGUGGCAUUCCCAGUGUGACGUUGCUGGGCGAGCGGGAAGACUGGGUCCAGCUGCUGAGCAAACUGGACAAGCUUCCGGACUUGGGCACCGAGCCGGCUCAGUUUGCUCGUCUUCUCCGGCCUAUCCUGACGAGAUUUAUUAUCUCCUUUGAUGAUCCUACUUCAGAGUCCGUUCGUGAAUUUUGGGGCUUAUGUGCAGAUCGAAUUUCAUUCGGGAGUGGCCCGUCCUAUCUGUCCGGGUGGGUCACCGCGUUCUGCUACUGGAAUGAGAAAGGUCGGCCCAUGGAGGAUAAGGGCAUAUCGGGAUGUGAACUGGAUGGUGUCCAGUAUCAUCGUGUCGACAUCACAGACAUCCCGGGCGCAUUCGCCUCGGUCCCUAUGAAGGUGAAUGACAAUGGCACCGAGUAUGAAACGGAGCUCGUGGCCGGAGUCAUAGGGAUCCAUGCCAGCUGUGUGGGAGAUGCAGGUGGCCAGCAGGACAUGAUUCAGCCGGCUUCGGGAUGGUGUAUCUAUGAGAAGGCCCCUGCGGCGGAGGAUGAGGAGUGA